AAGCUCCUGAAGGUUGGUAAGACUGCAUCAUUCUCAAAGUAUGUAAGACCAUAAUUAGGGACAUGUCUUGAUUGAUAUUGCAUAAAACAAGGUUUAAGUUUAUUUGCUGAACUAAAAUCUGGUCAAGCAGUACUUCUGCUGACCAGUGGUCACAGUUCUGGGUAGGCCUUUGUCGUGAUUAACAUUUCCCACAACAUCUCCAUGGGACAAGCAUGGGAUGUUUCUACACACUAUGGCUAUGUAGAUGCUGUAUCAUUAAUGUCAACUUUGGAGACAGUAAAACUGGUUCCAUGAUGUGUUAGGUAGGUCUGUAGCCUAUUUGUUCCCUUCUUUUUUCAUUAUAGCCUUCUGUGUCAAUUAAUUGGGCCAGUGCAAACUUUCUGUGCUCUGUAGAUCUGUUAUUCAUAUGCUAGGUCUAUUGAUUUACUAACAUCACCAUCAACAUCAGGCAACAAUAAUGUCUAGAUGAUAUACUGAGAGUUUCCAUACAGAAAUGGUACAGUCAGAGUGGCAAAAUCCAACCAAGUAGGCUAGGCUAUGUGACCUGCCUUGAGGUGUUGACAGCCUUACAACGCACACAUAAGGCUCGUGUUAAUACUGGUAUUCUUUCACAUCUCUGAAGUUAUUCGUAUACGUCACCAUCCAAUGGCAACCACUUUCUCACAUCAUCUGUUGGUCCUCCAGCGGCUCUACCUUCUUGUCGCGGCACCAGCCCUCGUUGUCUGGCUGUGAACUCUAACCUCAGUGGUCGGGAAAUGUCAGAGAGAGGCCCGUGCUGCAGCAAGGGGACGUUUAAGGGAAAAACAAUAGCCUUUAUUGUUAUAUAUUUAACAAUCAUUUUGUCGGAUGUACAAACCUAUUAAUCAGCGCAAAUCAACGACUCUAUUCUCGUCCGGCAGCAAGCGCACGUCAGUAGCCUAUUUGCAGCCUUCAUCUCGUGUCGUAUUGAAAUCUUGGCCAAACAUGAGAGAGGGGACUCCACACCUCAGGAAAAUGGUGUUUCAACAAGAGGGCUCCUUCCUCGCCAUGAGCCCCAGCAGAGGACUCUGGGAUUGACGGAAGCAUCACUCCCACUGAUGGCCUGCUGUGGGUUUCAGCUGUCCUGCUGAAGCUAUGGGGAGCUGUUGGAGCUGUCUAUACAGGGACUCCAUUCAAGACAACCACCCCAACAGGUUCAAGGUGACCAAUGUGGAUGAUGAGGGGAAUGAGUUGGGCUCGGGCACUAUGGAGCUCACACAGACCGAGCUCAUACUGCACACACGCAAGAGAGAUGCCAUCCGAUGGCCCUACCUCUGUCUGCGGCGCUACGGCUAUGACUCCAACCUCUUCUCCUUUGAGAGUGGCAGGCGCUGUCAGACUGGACAGGGAAUCUUUGCAUUCAAAUGCUCACGUGCAGAGGAAGUCUUCAACCUACUGCAGGAGCUCAUGCAGUGCAACAGCAUCAACGUGGUGGAGGAGCCGAUGAUCAUGACCCGGCCAGCACACACACCUGAGAUAGACAUAUCACGGACACCACAGACACCUAACACUCCAGCAUUCCCAGUUCAGGGCUUUCCCAACGGAUAUCCAGGCUAUUCAAUCAGUGGUGACUCAUCCCAGCCCUCUCUCAAUGACGACCACGGACACAGCCUCAUGGGUUUGGAUGAUCAGGCUCACACCUAUGUGAAUACUGUUAAUGUGGAUGGGGACCUCUCCAGUCGACACUGUGUGCACUCUCUGCCUGAGGUGAGGCCCAACUCGUUCCAAGACAGCGCAUGUGGUGGUCCGUCCACAGGCCCGGCCAGCAUGCACUGCUGUGGGCCGCUAGAUGACCACAAAGACCCUCAGGUCUUCCUGCAGCCAGGCUCCCAGGAGGUGAAGUUCAUGCUGGGGCCCACGCCAGCGCAGCGCCACCUGCUGGAGCGGGAUCAGCAGCGCCACGCUCACCAGCUGCCCCCUCACCAGCUGCCCCCUCACGUCUUACGCAGCAGCGGUGGGGCCGAGACCAGCUCAGGCACGGAGGGCGAGGAGCCCCCGGUACACAUGUGCAACUCGUAUCACCACUACCACCACCACCUGAUGCACAUGCACCCAGAAGGCUGCCCUGUACCGCCCAGCCAGCUCACCUACGAGAACAUCAACGGGCUGCGGGGCUCCGUGAGUUUAGCCGGCCGGCGGCAGCGCCUCAGCCCCAGCAGCGUGUCCCAGUCUCUGGGCUCCAGCAGUAGCAGCAGCACGGGGGACAUGCACCCCCACUCGUUGCCCCUGGUGUCACACGCGCACCCUUCCUCCGCCUCGCUGCCCCACACGCUGCCCCCCCAGAGCUACAGCUGCGAGAGGGGGGGCCACCGGAGGACGGCGCUGCUCAACUACGAGAACCUGCCGUCGCUGCCGCCCGUGUGGGAGUACCGCGCACUGCAGCGCCACGAGGAGGAGGACGACGAGGAGCAGGACGAGGAGGAAGAGGAGGAGGAGGAGGAGUACGAGGAAGAGGAGGACGAGGAAGACUUUGAUGAGUAUGAGUUCUCCGAGGGGCCUGGCACGCCCAAUGGCUACCACCAACAGGAGGCAGGGGUCCACCGCGACGCCCUACAGAACUAUGUGAACACCGACCAGAUGCAGAUCCCGAUGCCCCCACACCACGCCUGUGUCCCUCACCUGCCUCCCCACCCCCAGAGGCCCUGCCAGGCGGAGAGGGGUGGGCGGGUGUUCGGCUUUCCCCACCUACGGCGGAGAUCUGGGGGAGGGGGCGGCGCCCGGGGCGGGAGAGGCAGUUGUGAACACGGCCACAUGCCACCAACGUCCCGCCAACUCAAUUACAUCCAGGUGGACUUGGAGGGAGAUUCGUCAUCAGCCUGUCAGGGACACGGGGUCGGGGUCGGGGUCGGGGCGGCAGGAGUGGGCCCCAUGGCCCAGCGCUCCCUGGCGCACAAGAGAGGCAUGGCAGCGGCAGCAGCAGCCUCAGGCCCACCCCCGCCACGCCGCAGUGAGUUCUACGCCGUCAUCGACCUGAAGAAGACGGUGGCCAUGUCCAACCUGCAAAAAGCCCUGCCGCGUGAUGAUGGCACCUCGCGAAAGACUCGCCACAAUAGCACUGACCUGCCCCUGUAGGACUGGGAGGAGAGAGAGAGCACGAGUAAGGCGGCUGUUACAGGUUAACUCAAAGCGCUCCAACACUAAUGUCUGCUGUGCAUUAUCGCCAUGGAGCAGUUUCGUUUUUUUCUCAUGUUCAAUACCUCCUCUACCACACCUUCAUGUUAAAACAAGGUUACGCAAAGGGCCUUGCUGAACACUACUGGUGAGAUAAUGUAGCAUGACUGGGAAAGAUUUGCUCUUAGUUUUAUUUUUUUAAUAUUUGAAAAGUCCUGUCUAGGGAGAUUCAUAUUCUGUUGAAGAGCGUGUUAAACAUUGAGGGUCUCCCAGUCUAUUCUAGCUUCUUCAAGACGAUGUUUACAAUCAAUUUUUCACUUAGAAAACAAAUACAGGAUUAAAAGGUCUCCUCUAAGGUACCAUCAUUAAUCUACAAUGUGAUCUAGCAGAAUCAUCACUCUGCAUACCUCUUGGUUGAAUUUCGAUCAUGUCAAAGAGCAUGCUGAAUCCAUUUCAGUGAACAGUUUCGGGUGCACUGAAUAUGAAUUCAGUGAAAGAAGCACUAUGGUGAAGUGCGAGGCAUUUAAAUCUUACUCUGGUUAGAUCUCUGGAUUAGUGGUGGCAGAUUGGGCCAUCUGCCUUCAAGUGAACACAGUGUAUUAGAAAUUGCACAUAAACUUCCUCAAUUGUAAUGAAACCUCCUCACAAACCUGUACAACGAUAAAGUUACAUUGGAGUGCCGAAAUAGGGGAUGAUCACAUUUAUCAGUCAUAUUGGUCUCAGAAGAAGGGAGCUGCUACCAACAUAAGUAAUAGAUUUCUUGGACUUACUGAUUGUGUAAGACAUCUUUAUCGUGUCAGGUUGAGUAUAACAUUACUUUGUUCUUUCAAGGUACAUAUUAGGUAUGACUUUAAUGACGUUCAAAAAAGUGUGGUCAUUGGGGUAUUUUUACCUUUUUCCUGUGAAGAGGAAGGAAUAUUUUGUCUAGGGUACUAAAUAGAGGCAAUGCAAGAUGCACCAUACAGUGGCUAUGCCUUGCUAAGAGCUCAAACCUUCAGACUGGUUGACCCAGAGAUAAUGCUGCUUAGCUUCUAAACAAGGAGGCAAACAUGGCUCAUGUGUAUAUAUGAAAGAGAACUGGAUUACUUCCUCUGAGAUAGUGCUCUGAGAAGUAUAGCAUAGUAAGACUCGAUAAGACACUGCCAGUGUUUGGUAUGUUUAUAAGAAGUGGUUGACGUCCCUUAACAAAUGACCUCUUGAAAUAUCACCAGGACUUCAUUUUGAACUCUAGCACGUAUUAUCAUGAGAGGUAUUGGAUGGAGGUAUUUAAAAAUCAUUCAAUUCAGUUAUUUCUUACUUGGCAGGUCAGAUAUACUGUAUUUAUUUAUUUAUGAAUUUAUUUAUUUAUUUAUUUAUGAAGUUGCAUAUUUCACAGCAUCAUGCUCCAUUAUGAUUGUCAUGGAGACAAUCUGGAGACCAAAGUUUCACUUGCGUCAACAUCACCGAUAGGUAGCCUACCAGUGGAGCUGAAUGUUUACUCUGAAAAUAUUCAUGCAUAGAGUAGACCUCUCUCUCACUCACUCACAUAUACACACACACAUUGUUGAUGUAUUGUGCCAAAUCUGAAAUUGCUAAAAUACAAAUGUAAAGGACUAAGGUACCAUUGGGGAAAAUUGAACUUGAGGGCUAAUAACACCUUUCGCAACAUAAAUGCAGCUCAAUGCAGUCAGCUUGGUGUAGCCAUAGGCAUGUAAGUAACUCCCAGUAGGCUCAUGGGACGCUGCCCUGCUCUCCCCUCUCAACAUGCUCGUGGCCACACUGAGCACAAAGAAAAAAGGCUCAAAUAUUUUGAUAUUUCUCCCACAGUUACCUGACAGUUGUGACAAAUAUGGAGUUUUGAGCCAUGUUACAUAAAAAAAAACUGCAAAGCAUUGGUAUGGUGUGCUUGUCAUCAUGGCCAACCCUUUUCAUCACACCAGAGUCCGUUUGCCUCAUAGUCACACAGUGGUAAUGCAGAGCUUGCACUUCAAUUUAUUUUAACUGGUUUUUCAAACUGACAGCUAAAGCCAGAUUCACAAAAGGGCUUUAGUGUGUGCAGAAUGUCAUAAAUGUGCUUAACCUACCAACACCUGAGUAGAGUUUCAUGUGAUUCUGGCCUCUGGUUCAAGUAACAUUUUGCAUAUGAAGCCAUGCUUUACAUGCCAAUAAGGCCACGUGGAGAAAGCAGAAGAUGCGCACUGCUAACCUGUUGACUUAGAAAUAUAUAAGCUUGAAGAGAAGAAAAAUAUUUUGCCACUUUUCUGAGGGGGUAUAUUCAUUUCUAAACAUAUAUUUUUUAUGGUAUAGUAUGUUUUAAAGAGUGUUUACAUUUUGCAAUAAUGGCCAAUGGGAGUUAAUCAGACUGGGACCAGGUUGUCGUAGCAAUGUAAAAAUGGUUGUGCAGUGUUGAAAUUCCUCUGGAUCACGUGUCUGAAUCAUCAUUGUCCUCACUCAGGCUUUUUGUGUUGACAAAUACGUUUGUUUGUGCUUCACUUGGGCUUGAGUAAAAAAUGAAUAGAUUUCAUGAUUUGAAUCCUUUUCUGAAGCAUACAAUAUUUACGCUUUUACAGUAGGUGACUCAACUGUGCCAUAUUAGUGGUUAUUGCCAAAUACUGUUUUGGGCACUUAUGGUAUUACUGAAUGUUGAAAUCUGUAUGAAUCCAUAAGGUCCAGAGUAGGCUACAUUUCUCAACAUGUGUCUGUUUACACUGCUAUUGUAGGUUCCAUUUCAAUACUGAAUGUUUUUGAAGGUUUACAUCAGAGAAAAAAAAAAAAAAAAAACAUUUUCAUUUAUCAACUGAUUUUACAUUUUAUAAUUUGUCAUUUGUGGUGUCCUGACUUUUUAUUUUGAUAUGCAGAAGUUCUAGUUUUCUUGGUGGGAAUUUGCCUUCACCAUUGUUCUCAUGCUGAGGGGACCUCCUCGGUACAUUACCAGAGCUGCCAGUGCCUAUCAGUGUGUCCGCUAUGUCCUAGCAGCAUCAUCCUGUUGCACAUCUAUAAUUAGCAUCCCAUUAGAAGACUAGUACUUGUACUUUGGAAUCUUCAAAGCAAUCAAUAGGUCAGCUUCUUUAUAAAACGGUGUGAAUUUCUCUUGUCUACAGAGAAGUUGAUUUUAAUCCAAGAGUUUUAUUGAGAAAAGAGUCCAUCAGCAAUUUUGUUCAGUCAAUAACUUGUAUUAUCUUGAUCGUUACUUGCGGUCGAGUGAGUGCUGGUCAAAAUAACUUUGGCAAACCUGGUUGAUUGUAAUGUGCACUGAUGAUUCUGUGUGCCAAACUUGGAUGAGAGCAAAGCUCGUAGAAGACAGACUUCACUGGGGACUAGUCACCCGCUCUCAUUGCUGUAUUUUUUCCCCAGAGUAAGAAUGUAAUAAAGAGUAAGACCACCAUGUGCAGAUGGACACUUGCACUGUAUGUUUCUAUCCUUGCCAUGAAAGUAACAAAAGACAAAAGAUAAAAAAAGUGGAAGUGUUAUCAUUGAUGUUUUGUCUCUAAACGUUUCAAAAAGCAUAGAAAUUGCAGUUUGUUUUCUUUGUAUACAGUAUUUACAUUUCUUCUAUGUAUGUAUUUCUGUGUAUGUACAUACAUAUAUAUAUAUAUCAACAUAUAUAUGUGGGUAUGCGGUGACAGUCUGCUUCUUGUAUGUUUCAUUUGGGAUCGGUGAAAGAGAAACAGAUCAUGUUUGCCACUGCGGUGAACCAGGAGCACAGAGGGAGACUGGGGGAAGAGUGAGUGAGUGAGUGACAGAAUGAGGGAGGAUGAAAGGCGAAGAAUUCAUUGAUUAUUAUUCUAUUGGUUGAAGCAUUGCCAUGUCACUUUGCAGAAAGAUCCUUUAGUAAUAACGUAAUUUGAUCAAUCUCACCCUUACUCCCCUUUCCAAUACAAAUCAGGCAUGCCCUCUGGUGAAUGUUAUUUUCAGUUCUUUACACCUUUUGAACCGUAAAGGCUUGUACAAUUAAAAUGAAUGUGAUUCAAUGUAUUAUGUCGACAUUAAAAUAAUCAAACUGUAAA